AGCCUAUUAUACGAUAACGUUGACGGUCCGAUUCAGAGUGCUACAUCCUUUCAUUCAACAUGCCACCCAAAAAAAAAGGAUAAAAGUAAAGGCAAAAAAAUCAGCUAACGCAGCCUCCAAGCCAAGCCAACCAAGAUGCCUCAGAACCAACAGAUAAAGAAAUCCUCCUUCAACAAGAACUUGACCAAGUCACUGAGGACCUUGAGGCAGCAAAAGCCAAAGUUGAAGAACUACGAAAAGAGAAUGAUUUUCUACAACAGGAAGCUCAUAAAGUUCGCGUGGAAAGUCAUGAAUACAUGAGCUACAUGGAGAAGAAAACCAGUAAACGCCAGACAACUAUCAUAACACUGAGUGAUCACAACAAGCAGCAAAUCAAAAAUCUGGAAUACCAAAAACAGGCCAUGGAGGAAGAGUUUGCUGAGAGAAAAGAGGAGUUGAAGAGACUGAUGUUGGAGAAGCAACAUCUUUUAGAAAAAACACAGCAAGAGAUAAACAACCUACAGGAGUAUAAGAAUCUUCAAACUGAGCAGCAGAAUAAGAUCAAGGAACUAGAGAAGGAAGUAAAACAUGUGAGGGCUGAACAUUCCAACACUAUCCAGCAUCUGAAAACCAAGUUCAUCACAGAGAAGAAGUCUUACCAGCUCGACUCAGACAGUAAAAUACAGACUCUGGAAAAAGCUGCCAAUAAGGAGGCCACUAAAUGUUUGACGGAUCACUCUGAGAGAAUAAAGGCUGAGAACAGAGAGCUAAGGAGAGAGUUAAUGAACCUGAUCCGCACCACACGGGCUCUGCACAGUCACCGACUAGAGCUAGAGGAGCAAAAGAAACAGUUACUGCGGGAGCAGCAGUACAGUCAGGACCUGAAGAUGCUGCGAACAGCCAGGCAACACCAUGUGUUCAAACCCGAUGGGGAGCUAAGAGAUGGAGAGGAGGAGUAUGGCAGGUUACAUGCACAAAAUGAGGAAUGCAAGGCGGUGGCAACAUGAAGUCUCUGCAGACUGGCUGAUAGAGCAGCCAGCCAGCACAUCAUCUGU